CAACUGAGGAGGAGCUCGAAGGUGUGUACAAGAAGUAUAAAGACUUCUACAUUCAAUACUAUCAGGACAACCCUGCAGCAACCACAAAUUGCUACAAGGAAUUCCUAAUGGCACAGGGUAAACAAGAUGUAAAGUUGCCAUAUACACCAAGACAAGGAGGCCUUGGUGGAACUAUGUACAUGGGAACUGAAGGGGAUCGAAUUGGUACUUAUGAAGGAAUCGACCUCAAUAAUCCUGAGAUCUGCCUCUGUGAGCAGACAAUCCAAAAGCUUGCUGAGAAGAUCCAGGAUGCUGGUGUUUUACUUGUAGUCAUUCGCAUCUCACUCUUGUGGAUGGGCACCCCUAGUGAUACUUGGACAUUUGAGGAGGAGUUUCAGCGACUAAUGGGCAUAACUUGGAAAAAAUUCCAUGAAGAGUGUGAUCACAUUCGGACUAUACUUAUUGUCGAUGAAGUUCAG